AGACGCCGAGUGGCCGGGGCAGGGGCGAGCGGGCUCGGGACCGGGACUCACCUGAGGGGACAGAGAGCUGACAGAGGGUCACCCGCGCACCACCAUGGGCGAUACAGAGACCAUCGUCUGCGGCAACUGCCAGCGGGCGAUAUCAGCCGCUAACCACACCGUGCACGUGAGCCACUGCCGGCGCCACCUCAGCGUGUGUGCCGAGUGCGGUGAGGCCGUGCCGCGGGACCGGCUGGAGGAGCACCGUGCCGCCGAGCACCGGCCCGUGCCGUGCCGCCUCUGCGGGCUGCAAGUGCCCGCCGGGCAGAUGGAAACGCACCAGGAGGAGCGGUGUUCGGGCCGCGCCGUCACCUGCCCCUACUGCGAGCUGAGUAUGCCACACUCGUCUCUGGAGGAGCACGAGAGCUACUGCGGCUCGCGCACUGAGCUGUGUCCCACGUGUCAGGUGCGCGUCAUGUACCGGCACUGGCCGCUGCACGUGGAGUCGGGCCACAGGCUGACCCGACCCGAGACGGACCCUGGACACACGCCCAAAGCGCGCGGAGGUCGGCGCCCCGCCGCUCCCCUCGAUGACGCGCUGGACGACGGCGGCGCGCUCGACGAUAAAAUCGCCUCCUAUGUGCGCAAACCUGUGGACGAAAUUGUGGAGGACACCAUGGAACAGUGGCGCCGGCGCAAGGACCUGCGCCGGUUCGAGGACGACUGUUUUGAACAGGCCAUGCUGAUGGCUAUUGAGCUCUCCAAGAAGACGGCCACAGAGAGUAACACGGUCGAGUGUGAGCACUGCCACCUCCGGUUCCCGGCAGACGAGCUGAGGAGACACCAGAGCUCCUGCAGCUGGGAGCAGCGCCGGCGACAGGAGUCGUCCCGCGGUCGCUCUCAGGGCUCGGCCGGCUCGGUGGGUCGUGAUUCCUCCCCGCCGCGCUGGGCGGCCCACCCGGUGGCCGAUGACCCCCCGGAGGACGCCAUCACCCUGCCCUGCGAGUUCUGCGAGCAGGCCUUCCUGGACGCCGACCUGCUGCGGCACCAGCUGCGCUGUGAGAAGAACCCCCAGCGGCUAGACCUGCCGGCGCGGCGCGCUCCCGCCCCCCGGCCCGGCGGCCUGACCAAGUCCUGGAGCGCCUCGCAGGCCGACCGGGAGCCGCGCCAGGAGCCGGAGCCGGAGCCGGCCGGCAGUAGCCGCUGGCGGCAGCCGGAGGUCGGCUCCCGCCGGCAGGAGCCGGAGUCCGGCUGGCGGCAGCGUCUCAGCGGGGACCUGGACGGAGCCCUGGCGCGGCCGGCUAUGGCCGGCGGCCGCCGCGGCUCCCGGUCCAGCGACGACCUCUUCUCGAUGGACCGGCACAGUCCGCCGCGCCGCUGGAGCGUGCUGACCGACCCGGAGCUCACGGCGCCGCCCGCCGUGCCGCAGCGCACCACCAAACACAAGAAGAAGGUCAACUUCCUCGGGGAGGACGAGUUCAUUCAUCCUGUGCCAGAACAUCCUGCCGAGGUGGCCGACGGCGAUAAAAAGAAGAAACGUAGCAAAGAAGAAAAGAAACAAAGGAAGGAGGAGAAAAAGCUCAAGAAACGUUCGUCUAAGAAGCACCGGGCACCGGAGCCUCCUGGCGAGCCUGUGAUCACCUGUGACUACUGAGGAUUGGGUGUGCCUGUCGUUGUUUGGAGUAACGUCACGUUUCGUCACGGACCUUAGUGACCUGCGAGCGGUAACCGUGUGCCGAGGGCUCGAAACCAUCGGCCUGUUAUUAAUUUGGCCGCUGCUGAAGCAUGACAUGCCAAUAAGUGGCCUAGAGCCAUGGGCUAGAACUGAUUUUGAUUUGUCGGAACUUACGACAGUGCUGACGGACUUGUGACCAAAGAAGUCUCGGCUGACCGUUUCUGUAUACUUUGUUAUAGCGCCGUGCUUGUGGUGCCGAGGCUGACGGUUUUAUUGCGCUCCUUAGGCACUUGGCGACCAGAGACCGUGGUGAGCCGGCUUAUGCAAUAUUUAUGCAUGGUCGUACGAAUAUCGACGGCCGCCGUGUAACGCACUACGACUCGUUCGUAUUGCUAGAGAUCUAACAAUCGUUUUUUUCAAGUAUUGGUAUCACAUACUUUGCAUAUCCCUCUCUCGUUGCCUACUUUUACUUUAGUUUAUUUUUAGCUCUUUUACCCUCACCCUUUUUCUAAAUGAUGUUCUGUAUUUCAUACGUUAUAUCCUAAUUAACUUUGUUUUUCAGCUAAAUAGUACCUAACCUUUAACAUAUGAAGGGUAAAAAAGUGUUGCACCCAUGGGACUUUGGCACAUACCGUGUGAUUGUGAAGCUGGCGGUAAGGCUAUCAUCGCCUUUUGUGUUUGGUGUGCUGAUCCAAAUCGCAAUCGAGAUAAUUAUCUGCAAUUUGGUUUGCUCGCAGUCGGCAGUAUAUGGGUUAUAACUUUAGAGCCUUGGUUAUAACCACGGGCGGCUAUCUAUGCGUCUGUGGUUAUACGAUAUUGUCUAAUGUAAACUGCCUUUUGUUAUUUUGUAUCUCACAUUCAUAUCGUGGAUAUCAAAUGUUCAGUCUGACUCUGAUGAAUCUGCCCCUUACAACAGGAGUAUUGACAACCCGAUUGUUACGAUAUUUGUCUAAGAUAUUAAUGACCAUGAAGUGCCGACAUGUUCUAGGAAUAUGACAGCUUCCAGCAGUGCUAAUGAAGACAUGAGUGGACAUAAAUGUUCGUACUUAGAUGAACAUGAUACGUGAUUGCAUAAUGCUUAUCUCACCUAGGUAUAUUAGGGGGUAGAAUGAGCGCCACUGAGUGAUAUACGACAGUGCAGUUGCGGCUUGGUGGAUGAAUGUUACGGCUUGGUAGGUGAAUGAGUACUUGAAAGUUCGACUUGUUUGUCAAUAAAUAAAGUGAUUAGAAAUGUCA